CAGCCAUGGAGGGGCUUCGCCGGCAUCGGGCUGCCCCAGAAAGGCUCUUCAGCUACGAGCCCUAGGAUCAACCCGGACUGGUAUGUAGAAAACCGGACUCCCACCUUCAAAACCAAACGGGCUCCCUUGGGGACGUCGGGCAACGUCCAUCCUUCAAGACCUCGUCGUCUGAAAAGCCCUUGGCAAGCUUCUGCCCAAGCUUUACCGCACGCACGCCUUGUCGCGGUCAAGAUUUUCGAGUCCCACGGCCAUGGCGAAGCUUGUCCAGGCUCUGUUCGUCUCGCUGGCGGUUCUGCUGCUCACCGGCUGGACCACGGCCAAAACGGUCACAUACGACUUCAAUGUCAGCUGGGUAACGGCGAAUCCAGAUGGCCUGGCCGAGAGAAAAGUCAUUGGCAUCAAUGGGCAGUGGCCGCUGCCCGUCAUCGAGGUCGACAAAGGCGACCGGCUGGUGGUCAACAUGUUCAAUGGCCUCGGCGACAAGAACACCAGCAUCCACUUCCACGGCAUGUUCCAAACAAACACCAGCAACAUGGACGGCCCGUCGAUGGUGACCCAGUGUCCCAUUCCUCCCGGGUACAGCUUUACUUACAACUUUACCGUGGACCAGAACGGCACCUACUGGUAUCACUGCCACACCGACUUCUGCUAUCCGGACGGCUACCGCCAGGCCUUGAUCGUCCACGACAAGGAUGCGUUCUUCAACGAAGACUACGACGAAGAAUUCACCAUCACCAUUAGCGACUGGUAUCAUGACUUUGUGGAGGAUAUCCGGUUUCUGUCGCUUUACAACCCCACGGGUGCCGAACCCGUCCCCAAGUCCUUCCUGUUCAAUGACACCCAGAACUCCAGUCUCCCCGUCAAGCCCGACACGACGUAUCUCAUCAGGCUGAUCAACAUCGGGGCCUUUGUGGGACAGUUCUUCUACAUCGAAGACCACACCUUCAAGAUCGUCGAGAUCGACGGUGUCUACACCGAGCCCACCGAGGCCGAGACACUGUACAUCGCCGUGGCCCAGCGGUACACCAUCCUCCUCACGACCAAGAACACCACGGACAAGAACUAUCCCAUCGUGACGGUGGCCGACUCCGACUUACUCGACGUGAUCUUGCCCGACCUCCAACUGAACAACACGAACUGGCUGCAGUACAACGCCCAGGCCGCCCACCCGCAAGCCGUCAUGACAGUGGAUGCCUCGUCGGAGCUCGUCCCCUUCGACGACAUCACUCUCGUGCCGUACGACCACAUGGCGCUGCUGCCCGAUCCCGACUUCGAGAUCAACGUGACGGUCAUCAUGGACAAUCUGCGGAACGGGUUCGGCUACGCCUUCCUGAACGACAUCACCUACACGGCCCCGAAGGUUCCCACGCUCUACACGGUCCUGUCCUCGGGCGGACUGGCCACCAACGAGGAGAUCUACGGCGAAUACACGCACCCCAUGGUGCUCAAGAAGGACGACGUGGUCCAGCUGGUGCUCAACAACGCCGACAGCGGCUCGCACCCCUUCCACCUGCACGGCCACAACUUCCAGGUCAUCGACCGCGCGCCUGGCUACGGCGCGCAUUUCUACGACUACCUCGCCGGCGACCCGGUGCCCUACGACCCCAACAACCACUCGGCCUUCCCGGCCUUCCCGGCGCGCCGCGACACCUUCGUCCUGCCCCCGCAGGGAUACUACGUGAUCCGCUUCGUCGCGGACAACCCGGGCGUGUGGAUGUUCCACUGCCACAUCGACUGGCACUUGUCGCAGGGCCUGGCGAUGGUGCUGAUUGAGGCGCCGCUGGAGAUCCAGAAGACGCACCACAUCCCGCAGCAGCACUACGACGUGUGCCACGCCGCCGGCGUGCCCAUCCAGGGCAACGCGGCCGCGGACGACGCCGACCCGCUCGACCUCGACGGCCAGAACAAGCAGGAGCCGGCCCUGCCGAGCGGCUUCACCGCGCGCGGCAUCGUGGCCCUGGUGUUUUCGUGCAUCAGCGCCUUUCUCGGCAUGGCCUUCAUCACCGUCUACGGCCUCUCCGAGCCCAAGGUUAUACACAAGGACAUCGAUCCGAUCGAUGACGAGGCGCUGCAUGCCAGUGUCCCGGGCGCUAGCGUCGAGCCGAAAGUGGCCGCAGCGGCGGCUCAGGGCUAGCUACUGGUUGGAAAGGUGUUCUAGUUAUGCUGUCGUUCGCAGUAUUUUUUUAAUUUAGUACGAUAUCCCUGUUGAAAUCCUGUUAAUCUCCGAUCGCCGACCUAUAGAUUUUCUUGAGUGCGUUUCUAUUCCGUGCCUGACCAUCGCACUGGCCAGUCCAAAGUCUCGAUUGAGCCGUUGCUCGCGGCAAGCAUCGACCUUUGACACUGCACCGGGAAGCAAACCUCUGUACUCGAUAACCGUUAAGUUGAGAGGACGUCCAACCGCCGAUUAGCUCUGGGGGCGGUGGAAAAGAGAGUCUCUCUCGAUUCCACCAAGAACUGCCUCUUUUGGUCAUGCCUCAUGCACUUCCCGAGCACAGUGAGCUCCGAGAUUUCGGCUCGGGCUAUAUAUAUGUACCUUCGUCUCGCGGGUCUCCAGCC